AUGGCGGAUCAUAAUCAAGAAGCUAAGGAACGUAUUAUCUUAUGCAUCAACCGGGUAGCCCAGAAGAUCACAGCGAAAAGAGUCGCCGCCCCAGCUGCAGCCGUGGCUCAAGCCUCAGAUUCCAAGGCAAAGGAACCUGCCACUCCCGGAAAUUCAGUCCCAACCACAGCUGAGUCGAGCGGCCAAAGUUCCUCGCCCACACUAGUUGACAGCUGCAGCGCGGCAUCAUGCACUCCAAAAACUUUCGUUGGAGGAAGAAGACGUGCCAGGCGCAAUGCUACAACUGGCAUUCCAGAGCUAGAGGAAACCAGCAUUGAUGGACUUCAAGUCUAUUCUUGCAGGAAUGGACAGGUUCCCAAUAUUAGCCUCAUGGAGGACAGCCCACAGUUAACUUGGUCAGCGGGUUCGGGUCCAAAAUUGCAGACUCUAAAAGCUCAAAGCCAGAGUUCCGAUGGUCCCGCUGAUCCGGACCAUAAAGAAUUGGAUAAACCACUAUCUGCAUCAGCACCACCAGCACCAUCCCCUCCAAAGUUGGGACAUGAGACGUCCGAAGAUCAAAGAACACCGGACCAGCCAUUAGUCCCAUCUUCAUCACCAGCCCCGGAAAUCGAGGAAUCUGACGACGAGGCAAUAUCAGAAACUUCAACAAUUACACCAUCAGUUGCACCAUUAUCGCCCCAGCCACGCCAACUGGCUCCAUUACUUCCGUCCUGGAGCCAAGUUGAACGAUAUGUUCUCACUAUGCGAGAACAAGAACAACUUAUUGACGGAUUAGUCAUUUCCCGCGCUAAAUAUCGAAUGCUAUUCCCCAGUGUCCCAGUGGAAACCCGAAAUCGACUAGCUCAAUCGAAUAUGGAACUGUCCCUCCGGCAUGAAGUUUACCGGAAAAUCAAAAAGGGAUCAAUGAGCAGAAGUGACUUUGAUGGUCUUGUCGGAAGAGAGCAUAUUAGAUUGGCAGAGAUGGCUAAUAAUAUCUUUACACCUAAUCUAAUUGCUAGUCGGGUGCUGAGCUUUGCACCAUAA